UUCUUGAAGAUGUUGUUGGGUUAGAGGGAAAUGUAGUCUCCAGACUGAGUGACUUGGUUUAGAGCUAAAGACGAGGAUUUAGACAACUUCUGAAUAAACUGCAUGUUCAUUCAAAGUAAAACUGGAUUAAAACGCUCCCUGAACAGACUUUAAUCCUGGCAGAGCGACAGUAAUGUCCAACAGUCCGUCAGAAGAAGUCUGAAUCUGAGUGUUUCUCUCUGGUUUGUUUGCUCCAGCAGGUCGGUCAGUCAUGGCGUGGAGGGGCUUCAGACAGUGGAGCAAAGAAGAGCUCAGUCAUUCCUCCACACUCUUUACAAAGACCAGAUUCUCCCUCCAUCCUCAGCAGAGAUGUGGUUUUCGGAAAGCUCAGAGGAAACCGGAGAUCAGGAAAGAGAUCCCAGAGCAAAAUCCAGCUGCAGAUUUGGGUGAAGCCGCAGCUAAGAAAAAAACAUUGUCGCGGCACCCUGGGUCGCCUGUCCCACCUCCUAGAAAGCCAGGACAACUCUUCAGACCCCUAGUGUUCACAGUGGGGUUUACAGGCUGCUCCUUCGGCGCUGCCGCCAUCCUACAGUACGAGUCGGUUAAGUUUCGAGUGGAGACGGCCAUGGAGGAGGCCAAAGAGGAGAAGCUGAAGAAACACGAACAGAGCCAUGACACAGCGUACUGGCACAAUUGGUGGAAUCAGCUGUCAGACUUUCAGAAGCAGGUGAUCCUGCUCAUGUCUGUCGUGGAUGACUGGUGGAGCAGAAAGACUGAGGGACAGAAAACAGUCAUGGGUAUCAUAGCUCUGAACACUGUAGUGCUCUGCUGUUGGAGAAUUCCUUACAUGCAGCGCAGCAUGCUCAAGUACUUCACCUCCAACCCUGCUUCAAAGACACGGUGCCUUCCCAUGGUCCUCUCUUCAUUUAGCCAUUAUUCCAUCCUCCAUAUGAUGGCCAACAUGUACGUGCUGUGGACCUUCUCCACUAGCGUAGUCUCUCUGCUCGGCCGGGAGCAGUUCCUGGCUCUCUACCUGUCUGGAGGUGUGUUCUCCACUUUCAUCAGCUACAUCUGUAAAACAGCCACAGGCCGCCUGGGUCCGUCUCUCGGAGCUUCAGGUGCAGUCAUGACGGUUCUGGCUGCUGUGUGCACAAAGAUACCUGAGGCUAAACUGGGAAUCAUCCUGCUGCCCAUGCUCAGCUUCACAGCAGGAACCGCACUGAAGGCUCUUGUUGCCUUUGAUACAGUUGGCCUUCUUUUGGGCUGGAGAAUGCUGGACCAUGCGGCCCACCUUGGGGGAGCGCUGUUCGGAGUAUGGUACAUUUCCUACGGUCAUGGCCUGAUCUGGAGAAAGCGGGAGCCACUGGUAAAGUUUUGGCAUGAUUUGAGAAAAGGCCCGCCUGGUGGAGCGCCACCUGGUGGAGGUGGAGAUUCUCGUGUAUAGGAUCCUGUACAGCAACACCCUGCUAGCCAGUGAUCUCAGAACUGGAAAUAUAACAUCAUGGCACUCAGAUGACCACUACUGUGGGCUUUUCUCAUGUACCAGUAGUUUUGAUUCAAUCACAUUAAUUCCUGCUGUUGUGUGUGUGUGUGAAUGUGUUAUUUUAAGCAUUUUAUUACAUUUAUACCUAAAAUGCUGACUCAAAAUGGCUUGAUAAGAAGACAAUUGUGUUUAUUGAGGUUUUGAUUUUGAGAUGGAGCUUUGUAAAGAUGUUUCAUUGUUUCUCUCAGUUGCUGUGAGAGCAGCAUUGUGCUAAUUACAUGGAAAAAUAAAGGUAUUACUUAUUAUAA